AUGGGCAUCAAAGAGUGGUGCAAUUCACGCAGCCAAAGCAUCAGGUUGGGGCAGCCUUACAUGUCAAGCAAUUACAACAAGCCUGAUCAGCCGGGGUGGCAAAGAUUUUGGAAGAAAUUCAAGAUGGACAAGAAGAAGAAAAGUUUCAGUUCUAGCACUGUCACGCCGCAGGCAGCUUCUUAUGAUCCAAAAACAUAUUCGAAAAAUUUCGAUCCAGGGAUGGGAUCGAUGGAGCCGGAUAACUUGUCCCGGUGUUUCUCAGCUCGUUUUGCUGAUCCAUCCAUGAUUUUGCAUAAGAAUAGGAACUUACUGGAUUGA